UUCUGCGCAGCUCGCCGUCAGCCCUUGCAUCGCCUGCUUCGAGAACUCGAUAAUAUUUCGGCAGACUGUUCGCCCAGUGAAGUGCUUCAAAGUCGCUUUCUGACUGACUUUGAGAAAGUCGCCGCAUUGUGGUCGUGUGUUUUUAGGAUUUCGGUGGCUUCCGCUCGGAUUAUUUGAAGCUGGAUGGGAUGGUCAUCCGGUCGGCGUCCGCCGAAGCCGUGGCGGUUGCUUCGCCACCCGUCGCCGUGACGACGACGACAACGCGACGACGGCCACGGAAGGCCCCGCCGAGGCCGAGCUGUCGACUGUCGCUGGUCGACGCGGUUGUAGCCGGCCUCGCUGCGGCGGCUGCUAAGAAGCACAAAUGGGAAGAGGGCGACACCAAAGGAGACCCUGCGGCAAGUGGCGAGGAUGCUAAGGAGGAAGGCUCGGUGACAAGCGAUGCUCGCUCCGGGUCACCUCAGCCCGAAAGCCCCCCAACGCUGUCCCCGGCGCCUCCAGAAGAAGAAGAGUGCCCACAGACGUCACCACUGGCUGCGGCGCCAAGUACACCGGAUGCACCUCCUGACGGUACACUACGUGAAGGUGAUGAUGUCGCUCCGGUGGACACAAGGGCACCAGCGGAAAGCAAGGAUGUUGAACUUGCAAACAGAGACGAGGAUGAUGUUCCGCUGAAGAUUGCAGAACCUGCUAAGGAAUCCGAGGACGACAUGCUCAGGCACGUAUCUGUGAAGACUGAAGAGCCUGUUGAUGAGCUUCUUGCAGACGGAGAGGGGCCCCAAGAGGGAACAGCCGACGCACCUCUUGAUUUCAGCAUUAAAAAAUCGGCAUCACCUUCUGGCAUGGAUUCUGAAGAUGAUGACGUUCCCCCAUCAAGUCCCACGUGUCAAAAUGGAGGUGUAGAUUGUCCCUUGGACCUCUCCUUGUCAAAGAGGAAGGCAAGACAUUCUACACCAGAGCAUAGACCAGCGAAAGUAGGAAGAUUGGAGCAAGGAACUUUGCCAGGUACCAGCAGCCCCUGGUCUGGCUUCAGUGGUGGAAGGACUCCAAGUGCAAUGCCACAAGCAAGUAGGGUGCGGCCUCCUGCCGGUAAUCAGCCUCCCUGGAACGGUAAAAUAAAACGAGAAAGAUCGACAUCAGAGGGUCACCAUAGUUCAGCAACAAUAUCAGCUGUUGGACUCAAGACACCCCACAUUGCCGUUCCGGAAAAGAUGCCUGCCAAAGCAGAUGCUUUUAGAGCAGCCAACCGCCAGAAUCCGUGGCAAAGUCAGUGGAUUAGCCGAAGUGGAGAACAGACGAAGGAUGUAUUCACGUGUGUAUGGUGCAAGGAGUCAUUUCAGUCUCUCGCGGAUAUGACUUUGCACAUGAAGCAAUCUCCCCGUUGUGGUAUGGCGGGCAUGCACGCAGCAAGUGCUGUUCCCCCUCCCCCUGUAGGAGGAAGUUCGGGCUGCAAUCGGACGGCGACUACACCACCGCCAAAGCUGGCAGCGACCCCCCCAGGUGGGGGCUCGUCUGGUAGCACCGGUGCUACAACAAAGGACGGGGUUCCUCUUCCGAGGAAACUUGUGCGCGGGCAGGACGUGUGGUUGGGAAAGGGCGCGGAGCAGACACGACAGAUUCUAAAGUGCAUGUGGUGUGGACAGUCUUUCAAGUCUCUCGCGGACAUGACAACUCACAUGCGGGUGACGCAACACUACACCAAUAUUAUCAGUCAGGAGCAGAUAAUUUCUUGGAGGACACCUGAAGACAAGGUCGCCAAUCAGUCUCAAGUGAACGCGGUUCUGACUUGUAAAGUAUGCGAUCAAGCGUUUGGAUCUCUAAAGGAGCUAAGCUACCACAUGGUGAAGAAUUCACAUUACAAGGAGCACAUCCUCAGGUCUAUCACCGAAGGUGGGGGUCGCAGAAGACAAACGCGGGAGCGGAGGAAGAAAUCGUUGCCCGUACGUAAGUUGCUCGAGUUAGAGCGCAUGGAGAUGACGACUCGAGUAGGCAGCGGGCCGCAGGCCAGCCCGUCGCCCGCUGCAGAAAUAGACGGGAAAAUCGCGUGUGAGGAAUGCGCGGAAAAGGUGGACGCCAAGGACUUCGUCCAGCACAUCAAGAGCUGCAGCCGCUCGCAGCAGUUGCUCAAGACGGCGUUGCAGGCGCGGCUUGAACCGAAUGGGCCUGUAGAGUCACGAGGGGACGAGGACGGAACACCGGAACCGCGACCACGUUCGGCUCAGUCAACGGGGGAACCUGAUCGUGCGCCGUCGGUUGAUUCCAACGCGGAAACAUCUCAACUAGUGAGUGGAUCUGGCGGCACAUCUUCAACGUCGGUCUUAAACGCAAUAGAGAAGUUAAUUGAAAAGAGCUUCGACAACAAAGGGAAGAGAGGAGGGCCUUCCUCGGCAGGUAUCCUCCAGCGGCUCGGCAUCGAUGAAGAAGUGUACCCGCCAUGGCACCCAGCUGGAUCACCCCGCUAUAGUGGUGGACCUACGAAAUCACCGCUUCCUCGACUGACGCCGUCGGGUUUGACCUCACCAUGUCCCUCUCUCCCCGACGACCAUCACCAAGCUCCCAUUCUCCAACCGGCAAGCCAGUGCUCGACUCCGAGUCGAUACCAUGCGGUGUCCCCAGACCGCCAUAGCGGUGUAUCCUCUCCAAGGCAUCGUGACGCUAGCGAUAAGGACAGCGAACCGCCACUUCUGGAUCCUGAACGAAUCAGUCAGCCGCGGUCGCCCUCGGAGUCUUCCUCGACCCGUGCCAGCACACCUGGAGGAGAUGACUUGAUCAUUGCCGACGGCGAUGUCAGAACAUCGUCUCGCCGCUCGUCAGAGCGCGGCCUCGAUACAGACGACGUCACGUCAUCAUCCUCGUGUGAAGCUCCUGUUCUAGUACCCACCGAACGAAGAAGAAGCUCGCCAUCGCCGCGACCAAUAGUACCACCAGUGCAUAAAAGGUCGUCCGUUAGUCCUCGUCCCCAAAGCCUCAACAGGACUCAGCUCAAAAAAGAGCGGAACAACAAUCGCCAGAGCGACGACGCCACGUCUGACCAUCCGCUCAAGGAGCUGCAGAAGUUGCUGGACAAGACAGAUGCCCACCUCUCGCGAUCCAGCGUUCCCCAGGCUAGUGCUGGAGGCUCUAUCCUGGCCUUCAGCUGGGCUUGCAAUGACGCUGCCAACGCGUCUGACUCCCUCAUGAAGUGCGCCUUCUGCGAUACCCACUUCGUGUCGAAAGGGGCCUACAGGCACCACCUCUCCAAGAUGCAUUUCAUUAAAGAUGGAGGACCUCUUGGUGGAGAGGGUUCGCCUCCGUGGAAAGGGUCCCAGAACAAAGACUCAACAGCAAACGGAAGUGAAGGUGCAAACCAGCCACAGUCCUCGACGAAUAACAGUGGAGCUUCUGGAGGCAUCGAUUCCAUAAAUUCUCCGUCUGCCUCGCCAGCGGCUGUGGAUGAGAGUCCACAUUCUAAGUUUCUUAAGUACACAGAGCUGGCUAAGCAGCUUUCUAGCAAGUAUGUGUGACAAAACUCUAGUACACGUCUAAGUUUGACCCUGCUCCAGAAGUGCACUGGCCAUUCAAGUACUCUGUAUCGUUAGAUACUCAGAAAUCAUGAGGAGACAUUGACAGUGCAUCUCAGAAAAAAAAUGAAGCAAUCUCAGUGUGAUUCUCAUCCUGUGUUCAGUCCCAGUGUGAUGCUACAAGACUGAUUUCCUCUCUUCAUGAACUGCCUUUCUCCAAAACAGACUAAAAGUGUUUUUGGUGAAAGUUACUUAAAGCAGUAGCGGUCCAUGCAAAAACAGGGAUGUGCAGUACUACACCUUGUCCUUCAGCCGAUCGCUGGUUUCUCAUGUUUUUCUUCUUUUGGUGGCUCUUCUGGCUGCUGUGAUGAGCUGCUUAGCAGCUUUUUUCCUUGUUGCAACGAACUGUCUAGAAGUGUGCGAUGUGACACCAUGUGCCGAAAUAGCAUAUGCUUAGCAGCUAAAUGGCACAUUAUCAAAAGGCACAAGACAGAAUACACUACUUCAUAGGUGAUGUGAUGCACCAACUGCAACAUGUCAAAUCUUGCGUACAAGCUUGCUGUUUUGGUCUAUGACCACUAAGAUCUUGAUGAAAAGGGGGAAAAAAAGAGACAGACUUCAAAACCCUGCAGUACACUAAGCUAGACACGUAAUAUGCCCUUAUCGAUAAACUCAUUUUCAAGAACUGCCGCACACACAAAAGUAGGAAAUGUGCGCAAGGUUCGAGGCAAUGUACGCGGGUUUUUGAUAGUGCUAAACACAACAGCAUACCAGUUAAGUUUGUGACAUCCCAUUUGCAUGACAGAAAAAAAAAAGUUUUGUCUCUUCUCCCAUACAAUGGCAAUUAAAUUUAAAUCGAAUUUGCUUAUUGGACACUGAAUCCUCCUCCUGUUUGAUGUCACCUUCCUUAUGAAGCUGCAGUAUUUAUGAACGCUUGGCGUGAUAAUCUGCUUUAUCGCUAUAAUGUCGCCAGUUGAAGGUGGUACUUUGUAAACAUUCCCCGUGAUGUGACUGAGAACGUGUGAUGACGAUGGGACUUUCUCUGCAGGCUUUUUUCUCACUGAACAUAUCUUUAUCGGUACGUAACGUACAACACCGACAGCGCGUGCAAGCAUCUCGCAAUAAUUGUACACACGAAUUUGCCCAAAAGGUCAUUUCGUUACACAUUUCUUUUUUUGCAAGGAAGAAACCGUCGUACUAGUGAUAGAGUUGUGGCAUGGAAAGUUUUGGAACCUUCUGCUGGCUGUCUUCUGUGGAACUCACCACUAUGACAUGUAUUCAAACUGAGAAGUAAUGUAGUUGUUCACGGUGCUUUGUCUUCUGAUCUUGCCUGAGAAGCUUACAACAAAGAACCUGUAUCGAAACAAUCAUGAAAAUCGACAAUGCUGUAUUGAGCGCAAAAAGAUCAAUUUCUUGAUUGGCUGUCUUUUAUAGAACAGUUGAUGGAUAUCCAGUUAGGAUGUUCAUUCAGGCUGGUUCAGUUUUGUUGUUGAAUGUUAUGAGGCAUUUUUAUCAGAUGACUAUGGCACUUCCAAGGGGACCGGAGUGUGUGUUGGGUGUGUUUGUGGUAAAUGAAACUGGCUCUCCCCUCAGUUGACGCUGCUUAAUAAUCACUGUAUGUCAUGUCUGCUGGACGCUUCUGGUCAAAAUGGCAAUAAUUCUUUUUGACAACCACUUCACUAUUCACAUAAUUUGGGGACAUUAGUUUGACAAGGUCACCGUCCCCCAUUAAAUCUCAUUAAAAUCUCAUUACAGAAUUAUGUUCGGCAGCGCGACAAAUAUUUUGGUAAAACGCACGUGCACAUCUGACAGGCAUCUUACACUCGGUCUGAAGAACUUAUCUCAAAGAAUCAUUAUCAACCUGCUCCGUUUCACUGCUAAACGACAGCUAAGGGAGACAGGUAAAGAAACAGCCACGCGCCUUACGGACUGUUCUGCUCCUGCGUAGAGCUCGGGCCGUGGAAGGAAUCCAUGAAUUUUCACUUGGAAUGUCACCCAAGUCCCGUGUAAUUGUAACGACGCUGUCCGCCAUUCUUAGUUGGAGGGGAAUUUCUUUCAAUUAUGUAUUCCCCAAGUAGGAUGUACGACUACCACACGUGCUUGGAUGCUAGCUGCAGAAAGUGUACCAGGAAACCUACCUCGAGCCUUUUGUGUGCGCGACUUUCCACUCUGCUUCUUUUCUUUUUUAAAAUGUGUAUGCUGGCCUUCCAUUUUUUUUUUAUUUCUCUGUAAAUGUUGAUUCGUAGUGAAAGGCGAGACGGAGUUCACGCUGCAUAGAGGCGUAGGAUUCUUGGUGUAAGAUUAAUUUCACGGUGCGAGCAAGCUUCAAUGUGAUAUUUUGCGGCGGCAGAAGAACGACUUCGCACGCGCGAAUGUGAUAUUUCAUGCUCGUUUCAGCUCGUCCUUCCGCGUUUUGAGUGAAAUUGCGUUUGUGAAUGAAGAGUUAAGGCCUUCCCCUACAUGGAUUCAGUUUCCUGUUCAGUUCUGUUGCUUUCGCUGUUUCAUUUUUCUCUUUCAGUUUCGUGAUACGGAAAAACGCUGAUGACCAGGGAGAAAAAGAAUUCUGUACUCAUUCUCAGCGCACCUAUCCUAUUAGCUGGCCAAUUUGUUUUUACGAGAUAGUUUGAGCCAGAAUUGGCGCGAAUGAAUUAGUGCGUGACGGUCGUCUGAAAUGAUAGCGAGUCUGAUUGGGCUGAAUGUACAAGCUUUACACUGUUUGCCAUUUGACCAGAAGUUGUUCUAUUUUAACACGAACCUCCGCAGUCAGACACUGCACCCGAGCGUUCCAUCAGCAAUGUUGCAUAUAAUCACUUUUUUUGUUUCACUCACACACCAACUGCUCUGAUCUCAUUACUCAACCGCAAUGGCAUCGGUGCGUGCGCCCUGAAGCCAAACCCAGUGUUACUUGGAAACUUCGGAGAUCGAAAUUUCGCGACAUCGCAGUGUAAAGGAAAAAAAGCAAAAGCCGUGCGUGGACUUGUGCAUCUCUAAAAGCAGUCUAAAAUAGUAGCUUUAUAUUAUGGAGAAAACAUUGCAAUAGUAACGAACUAGUCUUCACAUUCGAUUUCUUCUCUUUCCGAAAGCUUUGAUUAUCAUGAAAUUUCGGCAAGUAGCUUUCACUGUUUGGCUCAUCGGGCUCAGCAGCCUCCACGCGCACUUUCCAGGGGUGAUAUUGUUUUAGGAGGGGGGCAGUUUCGAGGCAGAGAUGAUACCGAUAAAUCUUGCGUUACCAAGCGUUCGUUGCACGACAGUCGCUUUGUUGCGAUUCCACUUCAAAUAUUGUGAUUCCUGUACAGCAAUGGCUACUUCGUACGAAAUAUGGCCUCAUCUUUUGACGUUUGUACGGCACUGUAAAGGAUAUGAAGCUUCACUUCUCUCCCAUUCUCUUUGAAAACUAUCCCGGUAUAGGAAUGUACAUUUUUUUGUUUCCUUUUUCUUCUCAUUGACCUCGUGCUCACGUGUGAAUGUGAAAUGCGUGUCCCGUUUUCACACCUUUCUAUGCGAACAGGAUGCUGACGUCACUUCCUACCCGCAUUGUUUGUGUUUUUUUUUCCUGCGGUUUGUUUGUUCGAGUUCUUCCACUUUUUCCAUAUUGUAUAUAGGAUCAUAAGAAAAAUUGGAGAUUGUAUAUGUCUAUAUUCCUAUUAUUUAUUACUAAUAAACUCUAUAUCGCGAUGGAA